UCUAAGUUUAAUUGAUUGCCAAAAAAUAACUGAUGAAGGUAUAUACAUAAUUGCUUCAGCAUGUCUGAAUAUGCAAAAAUAUAUAUUGGAAGGGUGUGAAGAGAUUACUGAUAUAUCAGUUAAAAAAAUUGCGCAAUCUAACCCAAAUCUUAAAUAUCUUAACUUUAGUUGCAAUAUUACUGAUGUAUCUAUGUCUGCAUUAGCAAAUUUACGCAAUCUCCAGAAGCUUGAUAUUGAGAAAUGCGAGAAAAUCAGCAUAAAUGCAAUCAUAUCCUUGCAGAAUAAAAUUCCCACUCUUAAUAUUAUCGGUUGGUAUUCGGAUUCAAAUGAUAA